AUGGAACUGCCCUCGAAUUCAAGUUCUGGCGAGCCCGACGACGAUCCGGACAUCGCCGAGAUGAAGAGUCCUUCGUUGUCGGAAAGUGCUCGAAGGGCUCGUGUACGCUUCAACUCCAACGCCAACGCCGCACCUCCUCCUGCAUUUCCUCCUGCGGUCGUUACACACGAUCAGCAGAAAGCUCCCCGCCGACCACAUCCCAUCCUCCGGGCAAGUUCUAGAGAAACGAGUCCUACGAUUUCAACCAAUUUCGAUGCAGCUCCCUCUCCCACGCAAGAUGCCGCAUCCGCAGCCCAGCAUCGAGGCGAUGCGAUGGCAAGGAAGGUUUGGGGAGAAUCGCCUAUAAGCUCACGCGCAUCGUUCGAAACGAUAUCCCCGGCAUCCUCUGGGGCCAGCGAACGCCAUUUACUCAACCAUGCGGGCGAGAUAGCGAUGCAGAAGCUUGCACGCGACUCUGACAACAAAUACGACAGCAGGGAUGACUUCUCUAAAGAAGGAACGUACGCUGUAUCGUCAGCCCAACAUCUCGACGCCGCCGAUGAACAGCUUACAGCAAACGAGACCAACGAGGAGCAUAAGCGCAAGACCGAAUAUAACAUUUACUAUGAUGGAUCGUACGAUGUGCCAGCUCCUAAAUCGUAUCGCGGAGGGGUGCUGUCGCAACUGCUGAAAUUGCACAAGGAUGGCGACUCCUACAGCUUUGGCAAUAAUCGACCAUCAUCAUCCUCCACUCCCAAGCCCAUCUCCGGCGGCUCAACGCCCGACAGGCGGAAGUGGUACGAACAAAAUCAAUCGCAAGACACGCUUGCCAUGCUCAUCGAGGCUUCCACGAAGCUUGCGAAGCCAGGGCAGCCAUCAUCGACCGAUGGCAGAAGGCCGCGUCCUCAGCAGCACAUCCGAGGAAGUAGUCUAUCAAACCGUCUCAGCGCACUUUGGGCUCAAGAAGAGAUCCGGCAACGAGAUCACAUUGCCGGAAUAGUAGCUCGCCAUGCUUUCAUUAUCCAAGUAUGCCGUGCUUUGAUGCUCUACGGAGCUCCCACCCAUCGGCUGGAGGAGUACCUGACGAUGAUUUCGCGAACAUUGGAGAUCGAGGCCGAAUUCCUAUAUCUUCCAGGUUGCAUGAUUAUCGCUUUCGAUGAUUCGAAUUCUCAUACAACAGAAGUCAAGCUUGUCCGUUUGGCGCAGGGAAUCGAUCUCGGCAAGCUCAAGGACGUCCAUCGCAUGUACAAAGAAGUCAUUCAUGACGUGAUGAGCGUCGAAGAAGCGACCGAAAACCUCGACGAACUCAUGGCGAAGAAAGACAAGUUCCAUCCUUGGCUUCGUGUGCUGGUGUUCGGCAUGACGAGCGUGACCGCAGCGCCAUUCUCUUUCCACGCAAGGUUCAUCGACCUGCCAAUUUGCUUCCUUUUUGGGUGUCUCGUUGGAWUCUUGCAGCUGAUUGUGGCACCAAUGUCGCAAUUGUACGGCAACGUUCUUGAAGUCACCGCUACCGUUCUUAUAACCUUUCUAGCAAGAGCAUUUGGAAGCAUUCGGGGCGGUGAUCUCUUCUGCUUUUCGGCUCUUGCGCAAGGUGGCAUUGUGAUGCUGCUGCCCGGCUUCAUGUUCUUAUCCUCUUCCACCGAACUGCAAGCCCGAGCCAUUAUCCCGGGCUCCAUACGAAUCGUGUAUGGCGUCAUUUACUCUCUUCUCCUAGGAUUCGGCAUCACGAUCGGAGCAGCGCUCUGGGGUCUUGUUGACUCAAGUGCCACAUCGGAAUUGUCGUGCAGGAAUCCGCCGGAUAGCAAUCUCGGUCUUUUCUUUGUUCCUCCCUUCGUUCUAUGUAUUACCAUGCUCUACCAAGCAAAAUGGAAACAGAUGCCCGUCAUGAUCAUCAUCGCUUUCGCUGGCUACAUUGUAAAUUUUUACAGCAGUAAACGCUUUCCCACAAGCCCACAGGUCUCUAGUACGCUGGGCGGGCUUGCAGUUGGAGCUCUCGCAAAUCUCUACUCCCGAGCUCAUCAUGGUGUUGCCGCCGCGAUACUGGUCCCGGCAAUCUUUACACAGGUCCCGGGAGGUCUAGCGAGCAACGGAGGUCUGUUGAGCGGGUUACAGGUGGCGAAUGAGCUCAACAACGCACAGUACUCAAAGAACGGGACGGACUACGCCCAGCUGGGUGUAGACAUGGGGACAUCUCCAAACUAUGUCGCUUUUAAUGUUGCAGGCAGCAUGGUCCAGAUUGCUGUCGGAAUCACGAUUGGUCUAUUUUUGAGCGCUUUGAUAGUUUAUCCAUUUGGGAAGAAGCGGAGUGGGCUGUUCAGUUUCUAG